CAGAAAGCUGCUAGCAAGGGGAAAGGAAAAGCUGAUGCCAGCGUUUAGUCAGAUGCAGGGACGGCCAUGGACCGUGCUACCGAGCUCUUUACUCCUGCUGAGAUGAGGGAAGUCACGAGCAUUCCUUCACAUGAGAUGGUGAGCCGCCACGUCCAUAAACUCGUGCAGGUGUUGGGGGAGACCAUGCACAUCACCACUCAGUACCUGGCGAAUGAGGAGAAGGCCGUCGUGGCCAACUCGAAGGUAGACGCUUUGGAGGCUGAAGCUUCUGGUUUGCGCAAGGAUUUGAUCGCGUCUAUGGACUCUCUCAAUGCAUCUAAGGAGCAAGUCCGUGUGCUGACGGAGCAGCUGGAUGCCGAGAGACAAACCGUGAAGCAGAAAGACGAACUGCUAGCGGCGGCCGCUCAGAAGAUGAAGGUUGCAGUGGCCAAGGCCGUCACUGCUUUUCAAUCCAUUGAGGAAUACAACACCAUUCUCUUCCAGUGGUACUUUAAAGGGUUCGAGCUGCUGCGAAGGUAUCUCGUCAAGCAUGGUCCUGCCGUGAGCCUUAACGAUUUAGACUUUGAAGCUGUUGAUAAGGAGAUUGAGGAGGACGAGGCAGCUCAAACAGGAGCGUCCACCGGCGUCGAACCACCUCAGGCCACCCAGGACGAUGACAUUCCCCCUUCAGCUUAG